AAUCGGCGCCGGGGCCUCUCCGGCGGUCGGUCGGUGGUGGGAGAUGGCGGAGUAUCUGGCCUCCAUCUUCGGCACAGAGAAGGACAAAGUCAACUGUUCAUUUUAUUUCAAAAUUGGAGCUUGCCGUCACGGGGACAGAUGUUCUCGAUUGCACAAUAAACCAACAUUUAGCCAGACCAUUGCCCUCUUGAACAUUUACCGUAACCCUCAAAACUCUUCCCAGUCUGCUGACGGUUUGCGCUGUGCUGUGAGCGAUGUUGAAAUGCAGGAACAUUAUGAUGAAUUCUUUGAGGAGGUCUUCACGGAAAUGGAAGAAAAAUAUGGUGAAGUUGAGGAGAUGAACGUUUGUGAUAACCUUGGAGAUCAUCUAGUUGGAAAUGUAUAUGUAAAGUUUCGUCGUGAAGAAGAUGCAGAAAAGGCUGUGAUUGAUCUGAACAAUCGCUGGUUUAAUGGUCAGCCAAUUCAUGCUGAACUUUCACCUGUGACUGACUUCAGAGAAGCUUGUUGCCGUCAAUAUGAAAUGGGAGAGUGUACGCGAGGAGGUUUCUGUAACUUUAUGCAUUUGAAGCCCAUUUCCCGAGAAUUGCGACGUGAAUUAUAUGGACGUCGUCGUAAGAAGCAUAGAUCUAGGUCAAGGUCCCGUGAACGUCGUUCUAGAUCUAGAGAUCGUGGUCGUGGAGGUGGUGGAGGAGGAGGCGGCGGUGGCGGCGGCGGAGGAGGAGGAGGAGGAGGAGGAGGACGAGAACGUGAUAGGAGGCGGUCAAGAGAUCGUGAAAGAUCUGGUCGAUUCUGAGCCAUGCCAUUUUUACUAUUGUGUCUGGUAGAAAGUGUUGUAGUCAAUUGACCAAACAAGUUCCUAAUGAGAUUUUUUUUUAAAAAGAUGGGCUUCUGAAUAAAAAUUUGUAGUGAUACAGUA